AAUCAUUGUUAAGAAAACCACCACCACUUGGCCAUCGCUAAUGCUUUUUGAUCUUUGAUUACUACACGAAUUCAAACAAUGGGCCAAGUAACCAGCAAAGAUUCCUCUGAUAAUUUCUCUUCAGCAGUUGUGUUGACGGAUCCAAAUCUGUUCAAUCUCAACAAAAUUAUAAUAAAACAGCCUGAUUCUGUCCGUCACAAGUCGUCGCCCAAGUCGUCAACUCCUUCUUUAAUUUAUAUUGAAAACCAGAAUCAGUUUCUUGAUAUUUCAGCAUCUUCCAAUGGCAUCAAUGAUCUUUGUUCCUUUAAACAAAACUAUGACACUGCAGAUUAUAAGUUUCCCUUCUUGUUGCAAAUAGCUUCAGAUUCUAAAAUUUUAUUCAUCUUUGAGUCAAGCGCCAAUUAUAUUAAUUCAUUAUCUAACCCCACACAAAUAUCGUCUCACCUCGCUGAAACUGGCAAUACAGAAGUUCCAAUACAAAAAUCAGGCCCUGAACCAGUGGAGGGAUUUUGUUUUGAAACCGAAUCUGAAUUAUAUUCUUGCCAUUCUACGAAAAAAUCCGAAUGUGAUACGGACAACUCUGGGAACCACUCUUUACAGAACGUUGCUCCUCAAGAAAAUGUGCAUGGAUCAAAACAAUGUGCCAAAGAGUUAAUCAAACCCGAGGACCCAGGCAUAAUGGCUUUUAACAAUUUGUGCUUUGUAAGAGGGAAAUCUGAAGCUGAAAUUUCUCGAAAGCUAUCGCUACUUGAGACUGCUAACUAUCUCGAUGAAGAUAUUUACAUGGUAGGCGAUGUAUAUAGAGAAGCAACCUCUGUCAAUAAUACCAGCCAAAUCAUUAAUUUUAAAGAUUUCUCAGAAGUAUCUUCAUCUACAGAAAAUAACAGGCCUCCACAAGACCUGAAUGCUUCAUUUAAAUUCUCGUUGUUUUAUGAACCACCGCAAGGAUCGUCCGGCAAAUUUCUAUAUUUUGUUUACUCCUACAAUUCUGCUAUUCAUGGCUUUCAGGAACUAGCAAGGUUUGGAGUAUGGUUUGAUCUUCCUCCAGAAGGAUUUAUUGAUUACUCACAGGAUUUCAAUUUGAUUCAUCUGUUUGAUAUUCACGAAUCCUUUUCCGAUAAAAGUCUGGGUGACUUACAGUUUAAAAAGAGAAAUCCCAGCAGAAACUCUAACGAUAUGAGUUUAUCCAAAUCGAAUUCCAAUCAAAAUAUUAAUAGAAAACCGGAGAAAGCAAUACACCAUCAAUCUAAAAUGUUUCAAAAUAUGACCUCUAGUGAUGCUGCUAAUACUAUAAAACAUCAGGAUGUUUGGGCUGAAAGUAAUGAUGACUCCUUGAAAAAAGAUUUUAAUUUUGUUCCAAUUAGCUUAUUGACCAAUUAUCCCAAUUCUUAUUACUCUUCUGAAAAUGAAACAUCAAGAGGCUUUUUUUUAUUGGAUAGUUCAGAGAUUCCAGAUGAAGCAACUUUAUUUUUACUAAAAAAUCUAUUGAAGGUCCUUAUUAAAAAAUGUGAACUAGUUGAUUUGAGUUUCCAAAAUUCAAUUCGAACGAAAUCAGAGUUUUUACUGAGUCUAAACACUUUUAUUCAUACUUCAUCAUCCAAUUAUUCCACUUGCUUGCAGUUUACUAUUAUUUUUGAUUAUUUUAGCAAUCAGUUGAAACGAAGCUUAGAAUUUGACAACAGUCAGCUGCAAUGCUUCAAAACCUAUAUUGCAAAACCUUUGAAAUCUUUUUAUAAUAAAAUUAAUUUAAAAUAUUUCUCUUUAAAAAAAAAAGAAGUUGAAGAAAAGACAAAAGGUGUUCAUAUUUCGUUUUCCAAAAAUGACUUUCUAAAAAAAGAAAUUCAAGACCCAAAUUGUAAAGAUAUAUUAAAAAUUGACUCUGCUAAAAUUAGUCAAAAGAAGUAUCUCCUGUUGUUUCUGUUUUCCUCGCUGUCAAAUAACCAAAAACCGUUUCUGAUUCAAAAAUCUCUCUCAAUUUUUCAGUUUGACUAUUUAAAUAGUAUUGACGUUUUGUUUAAUAAGCAUUUUGUCAAAGAGAUUGUUUUAAGCUUUUGUUAUUUUCUUCUGGAAACAUUUUUGCAAGUGCUGAAAUUGCUUAGAGGAUUUGAUACCCUGCUUCCUCCAAUCCGGAAGUAUCUUGAAUCCCAAAAACAUUUGAUUACUAAUUUUACCUCUCAGGUUCAAAAUUUCCUUCAACGAUGGGAUUUUUAUCAAGAGGUUCGAUUGACUCAAAAGAAGAGAUUGGAAUGUUGUCUGGAAAGAAAAGGGUUGGAAAAAGUAAUUAGCGAUAUCUGUUCUGAAAAGUUUUCUGCUUUAUCUGUUGCUAAAGAAGGAAUUUUAUGGUUUUAUAUCUUAUCUGAAAACUCUGCUUGGAGGAAAAGCAGCGCAAUUUUAAAAGAUGGUUAUCUUACUUGUAUUCCUAUUUCUCAUAACAGCACCAAACAAGGUUUUGAUUUGAGGAAUUUAACGGUGAAACCUUCUAGCUUCAACAACGACAGAAGGUUUUGUUUUGAAUUGAAGGAUGAAAAGCAACUAAAGGUUCUUUUUCAAGCCAGUAAUGAGCAAGAUAAAAAUUCUUGGAUCACUGCAAUUCAAUUUUGGAGUAAAAAUCACAAUAUCCAUCCAUUGGUGGAUCCGAAAUAUCACUCUGUUCGUGAUUCCAGCAUUUCACUUCGACAAUCACAUACAUUCAUGGGUCUACCAGAAGAAUUUCCAAAUAAAACUGGUUACCAAACCACGAAAAACCUUACGAAGUCGGCCGAAACCACUAAAUCAAUUGAAAUAAAUUAUUUGGAAGUUGUGAGAGAAAUUGAUUCUUCAAAUUAUUUAUGUUGUGAUUGUCUUUCAUCCAAAGCUGUUGAGUGGAUAUCCGUUAACAUGUUAAUUGUUCUCUGCAUUGAUUGUGCUGGUGUACACCGAAGCUUAGGUACACAUAUCUCUAAGAUUCGAUCUUUGACUUUAGAUGUUUCUAUUUUUACACGGGAAAUGACUAAAUUGUUAUCCUCUGUCUCAAAUGCUGUUGCCAAUAGUUACUGGGAAUUUAAUCUCUUAAAUAAAACCAAAUUAAUUUCUGCUGAUUCUUCCACUGCACAAAGAUCGAUUUUUAUCACUAAUAAAUAUAAACAUAAACAAUAUAUUGAACAUGAUAUUAAAGUGCACAAUCAUUUGAUAUAUGGUAUCCAUUCAAACAACAUACAAAUGAUACUUCGUGCGCUUGCUAAUAAUGGAAAUCCCAAUAUGGUUGUAAUUAAAGGAAAGAAUCAAGAGGUAGAGUCUACAUUACUAGAGUACUCUCUUACUCAUUUUUCAGAAGCAGAUUCUUGUCCCAUAUUUGAAAUUGCUGAAUUACUAAUCUUAAAUGGAGCUUUGGUGGGUGAGAAGAUAUCUAACCGAAUGAAUCUAUUAAAAGAAGCAAAAGAUUAUUGGCAGUCAAAGAUAGAUCGUUCAAUUGGAAUGUCCAAAGAACGCAAUUAAUUGAGCAUAUUUUGAUUUUUAUUUUCUUUAUAUAAGAGCGGUGAUUUGUUUUUGGUUACAAGAGCUAUUUUCGUCUGGAUAAAUCAGAAUAUCAACUCAUCUGGUAUUGAAUUUUAUGACAAUUAAAAUGACAACUUAGUAAAUAAGUUUUUGAUAAUAUACACGU